UUGGUCACCAACGAAACGGAGCACUUAAAGUGUUUUGCUCAACACCCGCGAUUCGUAAUCGGUCAGACCAACUUCACGAAUCAAUCUCCGGAAUUAGCUCGUUGGUAUUAUUAACAGCAUGCAAACCACUCACAGUCCUCAAUUUUGUACGAUCAAUUUGCGAUAUAGAAGAUUCAAUUUUUAUAAAAAAUUCAAGGCUCUCCACUGGUUAAAUUUCGUCUAAACAAAUUAUGUUCUCAUUGCUAAAAAUAACUACUGUCCGCAAGAAAUGGUAUUCGAAAAUAUCACUGAAUGUUAAACAUGUGUGAAAUCUGCGUUUUCUGAGGCAACGAUGAAUCGAUGAUCUAAAAGACCGAUGCGAUGCUACGUUCGUUCAUAGUCUUUUUAUACACGGAUAUACACAACACUCUAAAUUUCGCGUAAUUUUGUGUUUGCCAUUUUUAUUUUUAAUCGGUUAAAUUAUGUCCGAUCAAACCGACGAGACUGACUAUGAAGCGGUAGAUCCCACGGGUGACUGGGGCAAAUUACCAUACGUGGCUUUGGCGUUGAUUUUUACCUAUCUUCCCGAUCGAGACAAGUUUAACGCAAGCUUGGUUAACAGGUCCCUGAUUGAUUUUUUACUCAUAAAUAUUCAAAUGAAUGAAAUCGAUGACGAGGAAACAGAAAAUCGAUCACGAUCCAUCUGCUCCUAAUGAAUUUCGUUCCAGAACGUGGAGCGAGGGUUUUUCAUGGCCUGGCAACUGGCGUCAACGUGAAAUGAUUUUUUAUGGUUCCUGCGAGGAAACCGUGGCGAAGGAGAAAGCUUUCGCCGAGCGAUUCGGACCUCAGUUGCGGUUUCUCAGACUCAGGUGCUGGACUCCUGCCCAAGGACCCGCGCUGCAGGCCUACCUUGAGAACGUUUCGGAGGUCCUGAAGGUCCUUGCGAGCAACGCCUUGCUGCGCGAGAUUCACGUAAACGAUCUGCUUUUCGAGAGUGAACGCAAGGCCGAAGGAAAGGCAAGAAUGGCCGCUAUGCUCGCGGAGUUGAUUCGAGCGCAGACCGAACUUCGCAUCCUGGACCUCCAAGACAUCGACUGCGCCUGGGAAGUUGGACUGAAGCUCGUUUCAGCCGCGGGAAAUUCAGACGCUGCCAGAAACACGCUGCACACUCUUCUCUUAUCGGGUACAUUCGAUCAGCCAGAUUCCAGGAUCACCGUAUCGUCGGACGACUACAUCGUCGCCAUGGGCAACUUCCGGAAGUUGGCGUUUCUGCGCAUCGAUUACAGGUGUCUCAGCUGCAGGCUACUUGACGUUCUCGGAACCUCUUUGGCGGACUGUUUCAGGAGGCUAGCCAUUCUUUGCUCAGAGGACGAUGGCCCCGAGCUGCCAAACCUCGAGGACGAGGCGUGGAGGACUCUAUCCUCUAGAUGUCCGUUUCUUCGGGUCGAAUUGACCAUAGAGGGAGGAAACAGGAACGCAGGGUGGAGGAGCAGCCUUCUCAAGCCAGGAAUGCCGCUGGCUGCCCUGAGUCUCGACGACGAGAUGUCGAACCAGAACCCGGAGUACUGGGACACGACGCCGACCCUGGAACUCCUUCUCAGGGAGUACCGUAACACCCUAGAGCAUCUCUCGCUGUCUCUGAGCCAACGUUCCGGCGUCGGUGUAACGGCCGAGAAAUUGACAGCUGAAAUGAUCUCACGAGCACUUCGAUUAAAGAAACUGAAGACCCUGCACCUCUCUGGUCCCAUGGAUUCAGAGGCGGUUAAAACGCUCUACAAUCUCUUGGACAAGCCGCACAGUGCUAAGAAUCUUCAACGAGUCACCUUAACCGUCUGGUGCGGAAGCGAAGAGGAGAUCGAUCAGCUCCUGAAAACCAAUCGCCUCACUGCGCAGAGCAGAGUUUCGGCAAAGACCGAAGUUCGUCUUGUGCCGAUGCUGUGAUUACGGUUUUCAGAAUUUAUUUACUUUUUUCUUUUCUAUUUUUUUUUCUUUAUAUGACUUUUUAUUUUGUAAGAUUUUAUUUACUGCCGGCGAACGGGUUUUCAGUAUUGAGAAUAGAGCAGCUCGACUCUUUAAUCUUUGUAACGUUAUUGAUAUGCGGCUGCUGCCGGACAUUCCGGGUGUGUAGGAAAGUGAAAGUAUAACGCAAUUGUAUGAAUACAUGUUUGUAUAUUAGUCAGAUUUCGAUACGGUUUUUUCAUUUUGUACACGAGGACGAAGAACAGGUAUAAUUGUGCUAUGGUUUCAUAGUUAGUGUUAAAUGCAUGAUAUGUACGUUAUUUAACAUAUACAUAUAUUAUAAUAUACGCGAUCCGGUGAAAGCUAAGUAUACAAUACAUAUUAACGACGAUUAUUAU